AUGCAUAUUGUAUAUGCAUAUGUCCAGCCUCCGAGCCCCGAACGCAGCCACGAACAGCAGCUUCUGCUCGCCCCGAACACAUCUCCCAGCCCCGAACGCAGCUUCUGCUCGCCGGACUCCACCCCGCCGGACUCCGCACCGCCCCACCGCGUCGGACUCCGCCCCGCCCUGCCGCGCCGGACCCCCGCCCCACCCCGCCGCGAGCGCGACUUGCGCCGUCCGAUUCCGGCCGCCCCGGCCCCGACCGCGGCUCGCCGGAGCCCGGCCGCCCCGCCCCGACCACGGCUCGCGUCGCCGGAUUCCGGCCGCCCCGUCCCUGACCACGGCUCGCCGAAGCCCGUCCGCCCUGCCACGCCCCGACAGCGGCUCGUGCCGCUAGAUCCCGGCCACCCCGGCCCUGACCGCCGCUCGCCGGAGCCCGGCCGCCCUGCCCUGACCACUGAAGCCCCGCCCAGCUGCAGCAGCUCCGCCAACGACUUCGCCGAUGUCACCAGCAGGUACGCCAACGCUUUCAGUGUCAUUGGAAACGGAAUACAAUUCCAGGAACAAUACGCAAAAGAAGAGCUCGGCGCGGGAACGUCGGUGCCGGAGAAGAGCUUGGCCGGAGACGAAGAGCUCGGCGUGGAGACGUCGGUGCCGGAGAAGAAGAUCGAGCUCGAUCUGCCGGAGAACAAGAGCUCGGCGCGGCGGCGCUCCGUACGGUCCUCGGCUCGGGCCGGGGACGACAGGUGGGGGCGGCGGUGGCGGCGCUCCCUGGGGACGAGGGCGCGACAGUGGGGACGACGAGGGCGCGACGGUGGGGACGAGGGCGCGACGGUGGUGAGCGGCGCGCGGUGGCGGAGGAAAAUUAGGGCAACGUGA